UUACGACGGCGUUGUGGACGCUGAAGCAACAAUUAAUCAAUACAAAGCGUGACCUAAAGAUAAACUGCAUUAAAAUCAAAAAACCCUGCCUUGCUAUAUAUCUCUUCUCUCUUCUCCUUCUACUACAAUUCUUUCUUCUCUCUCCAAACAAGCCUAGGCUUGCUUUCUCUCUCUACAUAUACAUACAUACACAGAUAUUACUCUGUGUGUAUGUGUGUGGAUAUCAGAUAUGGCUGUGAAUUCUUAUGGGCCAAUAUACAUGUUCAAAACAGAGACGUCAGGGUACACAGAUAUUGAGAAAAGACAGUUGUUCUUGAGAAGCUACCAAUUCAGCAGGAAGAAAAGUCUGAGUGAGAGGAUUAGAAGGUCUUUUACUAGGGUGAAAAGGGUUAUGUGUGUAAGGCUCAGAUCAGCAAGAAAGCUCAGAAAACUGGUUUGGCUGAAGCUAAAAUAUGGCAUCUUUAACAGUAGAAGAAGAAGAAGAAGGUUUUUUCUUCGCCUUCACAACACAAGCAAUCAUAGUAGUGGCCUUUCUUGUCCAUCUUCUUGUUUAUGGGAAAAUUGUGUCCAGUUGGCACUGUGUUGCAAAAAGAGUGUUGAGCAUUGUGGCCAGUUGGUACUGUGUUACAAAAAGAUCCGUGGGGAAAAUUACAAUCAUUGGAAGAGGGUGGAUCAAGUUGUGAUGUUGUAGCUGAUCUGCGCAAGUGUGGUGUUCCAUGCUGGUCUGCUAGCAAAUCUUGUAAAACAAAAGGUGGUGGUUGCCUUAUGAUAGUAGGAGGAGCACCAUUAUCCAAAGUUGCUCCAUGUUUAGCCAGUUUAUCUGCUACCCGAUUUUUCUCCGUGUAUGUAUGUAUCACUUGAGGCCUACCUAGUUGGCGUAAAAGAUACCUAUAUUCAUGGAGUAUCGAUGAGUAUUGUAGACUGUAAGUAGAGAGAUUACCUCAGUCGAGUCAACUUUGGACAUUUGUAUUGUAUACGUAAUAAAUUAAAUGCCACUUUAAUUCUU